AUCCGGCACAUGUUUGGUUACGCAACCUCUCCCGCUUACCGAAGCUUACCUUAUUUUAAAAAGAAUUUAUCCAGGUUUAUAAACUGCAUAACAAAGAUGCCAAAAAGGAAACACGGAGAAGAACCUGAAUCAGUUACAAAGAGUAAAUUGAAGAAAACAACUAAGAAAAACAGUAAAGAAAAAGUACCUUUAAACAAAACGGAAUCUUCAUCUAAAAAGAAAAACUAUCCCAAACAUAUUGAUGAAGCUACAAAUGUAGAAAAGAGCAUUGAAUUCACUGCAAAGUUACCAACUCGUAAUAAAAAAGGGGAACUCGUUUUUGAAGAUGUUCCAGAACUACGACCAAAUAUGACUCCCAAAGAAGUUCUUCAAGCUGGAAGUUUUGGUGGCUCAUAUUUCAGACCAAUAAAGUCAUCAGUUACAGGAAAAAGUUACUCAGGAGAAUGGAAAGAACUACCAAAAGACUGGCUGGAAGGAUUAAAUAUACCAAGACAGGUGGCAUCAGGUCCCUACCAUGAAAAUGUUAACACAUAUAAAGUGAAAUGUGGUGGCAGUUUGGAAAUGUGGGAAGAGAGUGGUUGGAUGCAUAAACAAGAUCCUUAUGGCUGGUUCCAGUGGUAUUGUAGAUUUUACCAGGGCAGAAGAACUGCUGAUGAUGAGCGACAGAUUGGAAGAUGGUUGAGGUGUGCAGGAACAACAGGGCGUUGGAGAAACAAUCUGAUUUCUAAAUGUGUCAGAAGUGGGUGUGGCUACGAUAACCAUGGUGUGUCGCCAGUUGUCAGACAGACAUUACAACAUUGGGGGUAUAAACUUACAGAAGAAGACUUUAAUGUUUAUGCUAAAAAAAUGAAGAACAAAUAAGUCUGAAUAUUAUAAAAUAUAAAUUAUUGAUGUAGUUACUUGUCAGUCUGGCAGCUAUUCUUUUGUCAGUAUUUUAGAUUAAGCUGAUGUUUUAAAAUUUUGUACAUAGUGUUUUAUACUAGCUACUUUUACUGUAGUCGAAUAGAAGAUUUAAAACCUUCAGUAGUAAAUCUUCUGAUAAAGUUCUUGUUAGAAAUACCAAGAGAUUCAAACAAAGACCAAAAUUCCUCUUUACCCAAUAGUUUCACUGUUGCUGUCUAUAAAAUACAGGAUUCAUUUCGGAUUUCAUUUAUAUGAAGAUAUAAAUAUUUGAAUAUAAACAUUAAUGAUUAAAUGGUUAAUGCUUUCAAAGUUAACAUUCACUUUCUCUGUAUAUGUCAUGUAUUGAAAAGAAGAAAUUAUCAAAAUAAGAUGUCUGAAAAAACCCUCAACACUUCAGUGUAUGAAAUUAAUUUAUAAAGCAUUUUGUAGCUACCACAGUGUGAAAAUAAUUUAUAAAGCACUGUUGAGACCAUUGUAUAAACUUGAUGAUUGUGAUUGGAGGAAGAACACCCAUUGUGUAAGAUUGUACAUGUAAAACUUUAAAUAUCAGCUGUAGGGGAAAUCAUUUUAUAACUGAUUUUAAUUUGUCCUGAGUGUAUAAAUGUAAAUAAACCUAUUUAAAUGUUUUUGUAAUGUUUUAGCUAUUCUGUCAAUUAGUAUAUGUAUAGAAAUUUGUUGACAAUUACCUCAUCAUUUGAUACUCCAUUUAAAUUGCAGUUUUAAAGAAAGUUAUGGCCAGUAUUAUUUUUAUAUUUGUAUCUUAGUAUGUUUUAUGAGUUAUAUUUUUAUAGUCAUAUUUUCUCCUUUUAAGCCAGAAAUACAAAGACAGGCAAGGAUCUGUAACCUGUUUGACUAAAAUCAAAUAUGUGAUGAGUACCACAUAAUUUGAAUUUGUAACAUUUUUAGCACUGAGGGAACACAUUUGUUACAGCUAUAUUGCCAGAAAAUUGCAGACUCUAAAAAUGAAACUAGAGAUUCUCAUCAGCUGACAUUGUUGUAUUUUAAAAAUUAAUAAGAUUGAUUAAAAAUUGUAUUUCUAAAGGUUGUCCCUCAUGGAAAGAUAUUAUUUUGUUAAAUAACGAUUCAAAAAUUGUUAUGAAAAUUAAUUGUAAUCAUUAAUGUUAACAUAGGCAUUAUUAUAAAUUUCUCUGUAACAGUUAUAAUUAUGAGAAUAAAAUGUUGAUAUUCGUAA